CCUGCUUUUCUCCUCUUCUUUCCCCCUCACCACCGCUCAAUUUCGCUUCCCUUGGGAAAUCACUUCUUGGACACAUAUCCAAUUGCUUCGAGGCUUCCAGAUAAUCUAUCUCAUUUACUAAUUGUCCCUUUGCACGGCUUGCUGCCUCCUCUUUUACGUCCCGAACGAUUUACCCCGCGCGCCACUGACCGUCGACCAAAAUGGAUCUCGUUAACCACCUCGAAGGAAGACUACUCUUCGCCGUUCCUAAGAAGGGUCGUCUCCAACAAGCUACCUUGGACCUCUUGGCUGGUGCCGACAUCCAGUUCCGUCGCGAAACCCGCUUGGACAUCGCCUUGGUGAAGAACUUGCCGAUCGCACUCAUCUUUCUUCCUGCCGCUGAUAUUCCUACUUUCGUGGGCGAAGGGCGCGUAGAUCUCGGUAUCACCGGUCGCGACCAGGUCGCCGAACACGAUGCGCAGCUGCCUAGUGGUGAAGUUUCCGGCGUUGAGGAGGUUAUGGACCUUGGAUUCGGCGCCUGCAAGCUGCAGGUCCAGGUCCCUGAGAAGGGUGACAUCACUGAGGCCCGCCAGCUGGUUGGCCGCAACGUCGUUACCAGUUUCACUGCUCUCACCGAGGCUUUCUUCGCCAAGCUCGAGAGUGAGAGUGGCGGCAACUUGAAGACUAAGAUCAAGUAUGUCGGCGGCAGUGUGGAGGCUGCCUGUGCUUUGGGUGUGGCUGAUGGUAUUGUCGAUCUGGUUGAAUCCGGUGAGACCAUGAAGGCUGCCGGCCUCAAGGCCAUCGACACCGUUGUCGAGAGCACAUCCGUUCUGGUUAAGUCCCGGAACACUCACAACUCUCUGGUUGGAUUGAUUGCUUCCCGCAUUCGCGGUGUUAUUACUGCCCAAAGAUACGUCCUGUGCCAGUACAACAUCCCCCGCUCGGAACUUUCGACCGCCUCCAACAUCACCCCGGGCAAGCGCGCCCCGACGGUGACUGCUCUGGAUCAGGACGGCUGGGUAGCCGUUAGCGCGAUGGUUGAGAAGAAGAAGAUUGCUACCGUUAUGGACGAACUGAUCAAGGUUGGCGCCACGGACAUUCUCGUCCUGAACAUUGCCAACUCGAGAGCGGCCUAAAAUUCUAUGUCUUGAAGUACAGGACAGCAUUGUUUUGAUUAUUGGCUGUGAACGUUCAUGAUGAUCUUUGUUCUUGGUUUUUGGGCGUGAUCUAUUCAUUUCUUGUUCUCAUAUUUCUUGUAUGAUUACCCAGCAUCUUGUUUAUAAAUAGAAC